GGAGGGGUUUCGCGGCCCCAGCCGGGGGCGGACGAGCGGCGGGGCCGUGUGUCCUGCCCUGCCGGGGAGGGCCCUGCGCAGCGCCGCCGCCGCUGCUCCCGCUCCGCGCACAAUGGCGACUCCCAGCCCCAGCGGCGGCUCCGGGGGGAGCGGGAGCGGGCCCGGCCCGGGCGCCGCCAGCAGCAGCAGCAGCAUGCAGGGUAAACGCAAAGCGCUGAAGUUAAAUUUUGCAAAUCCACCUUUCAAGUCCACAGCAAGAUUUACUCUAAAUACUUCUGGAGUUCCUUUCCAAAAUCCACACAUAGAGAGACUGAGAACACACAGCAUUGAAUCAUCAGGAAAAUUGAAGAUUUCCCCUGAGCAACAUUGGGAUUUUACAGCAGAGGACUUGAAAGACCUUGGAGAAAUUGGACGAGGCGCUUAUGGUUCUGUCAACAAAAUGGUCCACAAACCAAGUGGGCAAAUUAUGGCAGUUAAAAGAAUUCGGUCGACAGUGGAUGAGAAGGAGCAGAAGCAGCUUCUGAUGGACCUUGAUGUAGUGAUGCGGAGCAGUGACUGCCCCUAUAUUGUCCAGUUCUAUGGCGCGCUCUUCAGAGAGGGUGACUGUUGGAUCUGUAUGGAGCUCAUGUCUACCUCGUUUGAUAAGUUUUACAAAUAUGUAUAUAGUGUAUUAGAUGAUGUUAUUCCAGAAGAAAUCUUAGGCAAAAUCACUUUAGCUACUGUGAAAGCACUAAACCACUUAAAAGAAAACUUGAAAAUCAUUCACAGAGACAUCAAACCUUCCAAUAUUCUUCUGGACAGAAAUGGAAAUAUUAAACUCUGUGACUUUGGCAUUAGCGGACAGCUCGUGGACUCCAUUGCCAAAACGCGGGAUGCAGGGUGCCGGCCGUACAUGGCGCCGGAGAGGAUAGACCCCAGCGCGUCCCGGCAGGGCUACGACGUGCGCUCGGACGUCUGGAGCUUGGGGAUCACACUGUACGAGCUGGCCACGGGGCGAUUCCCCUACCCCAAGUGGAACAGUGUGUUUGACCAGUUGACACAGGUAGUGAAAGGAGACCCACCACAGCUGAGUAACUCAGAGGAAAGGGAGUUUUCCCCCAGUUUCAUCAACUUCGUCAACUUGUGCCUUACAAAGGACGAGUCCAAAAGGCCAAAGUACAAAGAGCUUCUGAAACAUCCCUUCAUCCUGAUGUAUGAGGAACGCACAGUGGAUGUUGCAUGCUAUGUUUGUAAAAUCCUGGAUCAAAUGCCAGCAACUCCCAGCUCUCCAAUGUACGUGGAUUGAUACUGCUGCUACAUCAAACUCUAGAAAAAGGGCUGAGAGAAAACAAGCUGUAAAGAAUUUUCAUCACAUAUUGCAGUGUUUUUAAUGCUCGCCCAGACACCAUGUGCAAUAAUAUUGGUGUUAUUUCCAUCCUGUCUGUAUACUGUUGUCACAUAUAAAGUGCAUCCCUGUAAUACCUGAUCACACAGUGUUAGUGUUGGUCACAGCGAGACCUCAUCUUGCUCUUUUGUGGACAUAUUCAUGAAAUGUGGAAAUAAGUACAUUUAUUUGUUGACUGUGAUUGGAUAGCACCUAAAAUUCAUUUCUAGACUCAAAACUUGGAGACUCCUCAGCAGCUACUGGAAAGAUUUUUCUCUCAAACUCUUCCGAUUGUUGUUUCAAGUAAUAAUAAAAAGCAAACAAACAAAAUUUAGGCGUUGUCUGUCUGAACAUUAAGAGACUGCCUGGAGGGAGAAGAACUUGCUUAACCAACGAGAUGCUUUGCCUUCUGGAUCUGGAAAGGCAAAGGAGAAUUUUAUUCUUCACAAAGUGCAAUAGAUUUACUGCUAUGAAAUUCUGUUGCUUUACAGUCGCAGUGUACUUUCUGGGGACAGUGUGCUCAGCUGAACUUCCUGUUAAAGAGAGAUCAUGUUAAAUAUAGUGAAUAUGUCUUUACCAAAAAUAUGUUGAGUUGAAAGAGGCUAACAUUAAACUAUUGAAAUGGGACAUAAUGUAUUCUUCCUCCUUUUACCAAGCCAGCCACUCUUCACUCUUAACUAGGUGUCCUGUAAAUUGUUACCUGGUAAGAUAAGACCUUUGACCUGAAGAAUUAUUAAACUACUUGAUUGAAUUUAA